AUGCCCAGAAGCAUUACGAAGCCUGUCAAAAGGAGAGAAAAAGAUAUGGAAGAAAUUUUGAUUGGUUAUAAGUUUCUUCCAACCGACAGUGAGUUGAUUCAGUAUCUUGUGUGCAAGGCGAAGGAAGAAGCCCUACCAUGGGAGGGUGUUGUGAAGGACUGUGACGUUUAUGGCAAGGAGCCCUCAGAGCUUUUUGAGGGUUCGGAAGAGAAUGUUCUUUAUUUUUUCACCAAGUUGAAGAAGAAGCACGGAAACGGGUCGAGGAUUGAUCGUGUGACGGCGACGAUGGGUACAUGGAAGGGGCAAGACAAGGCUAAACCUAUAAUAAAAGAUGUCGAUGGUACUACUGGUACCGGUGAGGGAGAUGAUCAAGAAACUGGCUUGAUAGGAAGGAAGAGAACUUUUACCUAUAGAAUGAAAUCGGAUGCUAAGGCGGCGAAGGCCAAGAGUGGAUGGAGCAUGACUGAAUAUAAUCUUGAGGGCACUAAUCUCCAAAGAGCAAAAGUCAAAGACUAUGUAAUUUGUCGAAUUAAAAGGCAAAAGCAGGAAGAAAUUAAGUUGGAAUCCCAAGUUAAGGUGAUGCAAGCGGAGGAGUGCAAAGUGACAGUAACUCCGGCACUUGAAGACUGCAAUACCAUCACACAUGCAAUGGAACCCAUAUUACAAGACUGCAGCAACCUCAUCACAGAAGCAAUCGAAUUUGAUGGAACAACAGUACUAACGCAACCAGAAGAAGAAGAAGAUUGCAUGGAUUGGUUGAACGAUUUUGACUGCAGCAACCUCAUCACACAAUCAAUUGAAUUUGAUGGAAAAACAGCACUGAUGGAAGCUGAAGAUUGCAGCAACCUCAUCACACAAGCAAUUGAAUUUGAUGGAAAAACAGUACUAAUGCAAGCUGAAGACUGCAGCAACCUCAGCACACAAGCAAUUGAAUUUGAUGGAAAAACAGUAUCAACGCAACCAGAAGAAGAUUGCAAUUGGUUGAACGAUUUUGCUACACAACUCUUCCAGAAUCAAGAACAUUUAGGAGACAGUGAAAUACUAAUGUUGCCCAACAUUUUUUAUGCAGAUAGUUGGUCCCUCUCAGCUUGAUUUAGAUUGUCUACAAUCAACUAGUGUACCCUGCUUUUAACUGUGUUUGGGUUAUGUGUGUAACUUUGUGCAAAAUUUUAUAAGUACAUGAAGAUAAAUUGAUUGUCAACCUUUAAUUAAAUUUUAUCGAAUAUAUUCAUGUGUAUGUGUGAGAGAUGGGGUUUCACAAGGCUGAUAGAAUGAAAUAAUGGCAAGGGAUAG